AAGAAAGGCGCAGGUUGAAGAAGCGGAUCGAUGAUUCUUUAAGAAGCUGGACUUGAAGUGACACAAGAGGCGAACAAGGAAAUUCUCGACAAACUGUGCCACUCAAUAGUAGAGCCCAGUUGAAACACAUGAAAAGGUUCACUGAUGUAUCUGGUGCUGCUCAGCAGAUAAUUUCAAGUAGCAACUUCUAGCAAUACUGAUAGUGCCUGGUCCUUAUUAUUCGAUAACUAUGAUACACCCUUGAAGAGUGUGGUUUAUGCUACCAUUUACAUAUGUGAUAUGGUCUUAAACCUCCUAACUUAAUGGCACUCGCAGAGGUAACAGUAGCCAACAGCAUACCUCGGUUCAGUGUGCAUUACUGUUUGAGUGAGCCAAGGCAUCAGAUAAACUCAGACGAAAGGAAGCCGAGGCAUUUUUAUCCAGCUUCUCUUUUCCUACAACUGACACGCGCAAUAAUGGUGGCAGCCUCCGAGCAACAAGCCCGCGAAUUAAUCGCUCAAGCACAAAAGAAACUAAAAUCCUGGUCUUUCUUUGGCCCAUCGAACAAAUUCGAAGAUGCUGCCGAGCUAUAUGAAAAGGCAGGCAACAUGUACAAGCUGGCUCAGCAAUGGUCGUUGGCAGGCGAUGCGUUUAUUGAGGCUGCUAAACUGUUUGAAAAGGCCAAUGGCGCAAAGUUUGACGGUUCAAGAGCCUAUGAAAAUGCUGCCAAGUGUUACAAGCGACACGAUCCCCGAGCUGCCGUAAAAGCACUUCAUGAAGCUAUUGCACUAGACCAAGAAGGCGGCAAUUUCCGACAAGCAGCACGGCAUUAUCAAGAAGCAGCUGAGCUUUUGGAGACGGAAUUGGAUGAUGCUAAGGGUGCUUAUGAUGCAUACGAGCAUGCUGCUGACUUAUUCAGUGCCGAUGAAUCGCCUGCGAUGGCCAACAAAUGUUUCCUCAAGGUGGCUCAGAUUGCAGCUGAUCUGGAUAUGUAUGAUGUCGCUAUUGAAAAGUUCGAGCGCGUGGCUGCUGCCGCUGUAGAUGAUAAUCUGUUGAAAUGGUCUUUGAAAGAAUACUUCUUGAAGGCUGGAUUGUGCCAUUUAUGCACGGAUGACAUGGUACGCGCACGACAGGCUUUGAACAGCUAUUGUGGAAUGGACAUGUCAUUUGAGACUACACGCGAAUACCAGUUGCUCAAGGGUGUUAUGGAUUCGAUCGACAAUGGCGAUGUGGAACAGUUUACGCAAGCCGUGUACGAAUAUGACAAGCUGACAAAAUUGGAUAGCUGGAAGACGGCAAUCUUGCUCAAAAUUAAAAAGAGCAUGGAUCAGGAUGACCUUCGAUAAAUCUUCUCCUUCUCCAUGUAACUCCAGUUUCAAUUUCUCUCACACGCAUUUUACCCAUAUGAUCCACCCUCCAUAACGCCUUGAUCCCUUCUAACUUUGUUAUCUACAUACAAUUGUAAACUUCACACCAACGCAACACACACAUAUAUCAUUACUCCUUUAAAGCCAUUGUAUUAGUUAACAACAAUUCAGUCAAUUCAAAAAGAGAAAACAAACA